AUGGUCAAAACAACACUAUCCACCACCGCAUCCCUGCUGAUGCUGGCAACGACCGCCUUUGGUGCGUGCAACAGCUACACCACCUGCGCUGACAACAUCGUCCACUGGUACGAUCCGACAAACGGGGAAGUCUGCGACCCGCUGAACUGUGGUGGCGGCCGCGCUCCUGUCAAGUACGACGUCCCCUGCUGUGCUGCCUACCGAGGCACGGAACCAUGCAUUAUUACAACCUCUACUCUCUCCUGCUGGUCACCUUCGACCGCCCCCACUCCUUCGGCAAUCGCAUCCGCUAGCGCUGAUGAAACUACAUCUUCCACUGCCACUCCCACAGCCGAUACCAGUGUUUCAUCUUCCACUGGGGCAUCUUCUACCGGAGCAGCGGCUGAGACUUCCUCGCACACUAAGUCGGGUACUACCGCUGCUCCCUCGACUACAGAACCUCCAACUCAACUGUCAAACUCAGCAACGUCAGAAACUGGCUCAACGAGCACUUCUACCCCACCAGUCUCCACCAAUAUUGCGGUGGGCCGUAAGAAUCCGAAUGGGGCCAAAGAACUAUCCCUUAACGGGUUAAAUAUUUUCCGUAUAACGGAUCAAUCGCUCGCUUUCGUCGUUCCAAACUGCAUAUCGGUCACCAUGGCGCGAGUUUCCGUUGUUUUCACGCUCUUCGCCCUCCUAGCCGCUACUCUAGUGACUGCAUUUAACCAAACAUUGGAAUUGGAGAAUGGGGACUGCGAUAACAACUGCUACUUUAGCAGUUUCCCCGGUGGAUCCUGCACAGACGAUGUAGCAUGCAUGUGUAACAAGCACAAGUAUCGCGAGGCAUACUUCUGCUGCAUGAAGGAUUGUAACCCCAAUGUCAUGCCUGAGUCCAUUACGCGACAGCAUAGGGAAUGUAUUGCCAGAAACCUGGACUUCACCUUUGAUGCAGAAGCUCGUUGCGGUGUCAAGUUGACUACUUCCGCUGUCCUCAACAACGUCGGUUUCUACUACUUCGGCGGUAUCUUCGACAGUUUCCCAGGGGGUUUCUUCGGCAGGAAAUCAAACUAG